GUCGCUGCCAUUUUUGUUGUUGUGGUGGGCUAGGAGUAGCUGUACCUCCACAUUCCUGGAAAAAAUCGGCGUCUCAUUGUAGCCUUUGACUUGGCUUUGUCUUGUUUGUGUCUCAACACUUCUUCUACUUGAGCGCAGGAGAUAAACGAACCAACAUGGCUCAGUACAAAGGCGCGGCCAGUGAGGCUGGAAGAGCCAUGCAGCUGAUGAAAAAGCGAGAAAAGGAGCGAGAACACCUCGAACAGCUGAAACAGAAGAUUGCGGAGGACAACAUGGUGAAAGCCAACAUUGAUAAGAAAUUCUCAGCUCACUAUGAUGCUGUAGAGGCAGAACUGAAGUCCAGCACAGUUGGUUUGGUGACACUGAACGAUAUGAAGGCCAAGCAGGAGGCAUUGGUAAAGGAGAGAGAAAAGCAGCUGGCUAAGAAGGAGCAGUCCAAGGAGCUCCAGCUCAAACUUGAGAAACAGAAGGAGAAAAAACGCAAGGAGGAACAGAAAAGGAAAAUAGCCAGUUUGUCAUUCAAUCCAGAAGAUGAAGAGGAUGAAGAUGAAGAUGAGGAGGAGGAGGAGGAAGGGGAAGAUGACGACGAAAUAGAAGAAGAGCAGAGUUAUGUUCCAGUUAAGAAGAAGAAACUGGGGAAAAAUCCAGAUGUGGACACGAGUUUCCUCCCUGAUCGAGACAGAGAGGAAGAAGAGAAUCGUCUAAGGGAGGAACUCAGGCAGGAAUGGGAGCUUAAACAAGAGAAGAUUAAAAACGAAGAGAUUGAGAUUACAUUCAGCUACUGGGAUGGCUCUGGACAUCGUAAGACUGUCAAGAUGAAGAAGGGAAACACCAUCCAAAACUUCCUGCAGAGAGCCCUGGAGGUCCUUAGAAAGGACUUCAGCGAGCUUAGAUCUGCUGGAGUGGAGCAGUUAAUGUACAUCAAAGAGGAUCUGAUUAUUCCACAUCACCACAGCUUUUACGAUUUUAUUGUGACCAAGGCAAGAGGCAAAUCUGGUCCUUUGUUCAGCUUUGAUGUCCAUGAUGAUAUUCGACUCGUGAAUGAUGCCACCGUAGAGAAAGAUGAGUCUCAUGCAGGCAAAGUGGUGCUGAGAAGCUGGUAUGAGAAGAACAAGCACAUCUUCCCUGCUAGUCGCUGGGAGCCCUAUGACCCAGAGAAGAAAUGGGACAAAUACACGAUUCGGUAAAACGUGCUCCUCUUCGGUCUCCAGGAUUCUUGACAGAUGUUUCAUUGUUAAUUUUCUUUUACUUCACUCUAUUGUAUGAAGACUUCAUCACGAUUUUAUUGGUAUUUGAGGUCCUAGUUUCUCCAGGUUUACUAGAUUUGCCGAUAUAACAUUUCCUUUAAAACCAGGCCCACCUUCAUAUGUAUAUAGAUCAUAACGUUGUACCACCUGUGCUUAAUAAAUUGAGCCUGACUAUCAUCAUAA